AUGCCGGUCACUGUUAAGGGGUGUGAGGGGAAGGGGGCAGGUGAGCACCUGUCAGGGGCGUUUUCAAAGAGUCUGUACGAGGCAGCCGUCAACCAGGAGAAACAGGAUGCCCGGAGGUCAUACAAAGACCUCAUCCCAGAGGAGAAUGAGAACAACACUCAGGAGGAGAUCACAGUUGUCAAUCUCAAUACAGACAAAUCAGGCCGGGUGAAGUUAGAGACCGUGGAUGACCUUUUCAACAUCUUGAAACUGAGGAAGAGAAGGAGGGAGAGGAAGGUGCAGAACAAGAAAGAACCUGAGCCAGAGAUCAUUCCCGACACAGUGGAUGAAGACACGUUCCUGAAAGCAGCAAUGGAGAAUAAGUUGCUUGUGAUUGAGAAGUACCUGUCAGGUGGAGGUGACCCCAACGUCAGUGAUCAUUUCCUAAGGACAGCGCUACACAAAGCCUCAUCUAAGGGCCAUGUGGAGGCUGUGAAGAGACUGCUGGAGGCUGGGGCUUCUAUUGAGAAGAAAGAUAGAUUGGACGCCACAGCAGUACACUGGGCCUGCAGGGGAGGCAGCCUACCUACUCUGGAGCUGCUACUCAAUGAAGGAGGGAGGUUCAACUCCAGAGACAAGCUGCGCAGCACUCCUCUCCACGUGGCAGUGAGGACUGGACAUUAUGAAUGUGCUGAGCACCUCAUCCAUUGUGGAGCAGACGUCAACGCUAAAGACAGAGAUGGAGACACACCCAUGCACGAUGCUGUGAGGAUAAACCGAUUCAAAAUGAUCAGGCUGCUGAUGAUGUAUGGAGCCAGUCUUAAAACUAAGAACAGUGAAGGCAAGUCCCCUAGUGAGAAUCUUCUGGCUUGGCAGAGUGGCGCUAAGAACAUCCUGUGUAACGUCAACAAUGACAAAUCUGUCAAGUAGAGCAAUGACUGAGGUCUUGGGGAAAUCCACCCAAUGACUGAGGUUUUGGGAUAAUCCACCCAAUGACCGAGGUUUUGGGAUAAUCCACCCAAUGACUGAGGUCUUGGGGAAAUCCACCCAAUG